AUGCAUAAAUGUUUCUUGUGUAAUUAUUUUAUUAAAUUAGUAAAGAGAAAAAAACGAAAAAAAGGAAGUAGACUACGUUUUAAAAAAUGUAUAGAUAUAGAAAGUAAUAGAUAUAUUUUUAGAAGGUUUGAUAAAAAAAGGAACGAAUAUAACAAGAAAAAAUAUGUACAAAAAAAUGUUUUAACUUCAAGUAAUGAAUUGAAUAUAUUGAAUAAUGAGAAUGAAAUGUUAUUGUUAUCAUCUAAUGAAUGUAGAAAUAGGAUAAAUUUAAAUAAUAGUAGUGGGCAUCCUUGUAGUAGUGAUAAUAUUUCAAAGAAGUGUUCUUCUGAAAAUAUAAAUGUAAAUGACCACAUAAUUAAUAAUAAUAUUAUAUAUUGUAAGAGAGUACAUAAUGAUAUAAGACAAAUAGAAAAUAUUUAUAUUGAAGGUACUGAUGAAUUAUAUGUACCAGUUGAUGUUUAUAAAAUAAAUAAAGAUUUAUGUGACAUACAAAAAGAUAUAAUUAAUGAAUAUAAUGUUAAGACCAAUUAUUUAAUAGAUAAACAUUUCUGUGAUAUUUUAAUAUAUUGUAAGCUAAAAAAAAUUAAACAAGAUCUUAUACAUCUCCUACAUUUUAUUUAUUUAUAUAUAUCAAUUAAAAAGAAGACUAGUAAGAAUAAUGUUCAUAUAAGUAAUUUAUUUAAAAGACAUUUAAAGUUAUAUAUGAAAAAGAAUAUUAAAGCAAAAAAAAGGAUGAACCAUGAUAUGAUAUAUUAUAUAAAAGAUAUAUAUAAUAAAUAUAAUAUAUAUAAUAUAUAUAAUAAAUAUAAUAUAUAUAAUAAAUAUAAUUUAUAUAAUUUAUAUAAUUUAUACAAUUUGUGCUUUUUAAAAAAUUACCAUGUUGAUAAUUAUAUGUACCCUUUGAAAAAAAAAAAAAAAAAAAAAUUCUUGAAUAAUAUUUAUAGAAUUCAAAAAUAUUUUCUUUUCUACAAAUCCUAUAAAAUGAUUAACAUCAUGUAUAAGAUUCAUUUUUUGUGUUUUAGAAAUUUUGGUUUUAAUAUAAAUAGGAAAGAUUAUUUUUAUAAGAAUAUUCUUUAUCUGAUGAAAAAGAAGAAAUGUGCAUAUAUAUAUAGACAGAUAGAACAGAUAUAUAUAGAUAUUAUUAAUAUACUUAAAUUAAAAAGAGUUGAAAAGAAAUAUAUGAGAAAAAAGAGUUUGUUCACAAUAAAUUAUAGUAAUAUAACUAAUCAAAUGAGAUAUAAAAUAUUGAGAAAUAAAUAUAUAAAUAUAGUUAUAUGGUUAUCCAGAAUAUUUUUUAAAUAUCUACAGAAUGUUUUAUUAUGUAACAAAAAUAUGUUUAAAAGAUAUAUGUGUCAUAAAAAAUUAAAACAAAAAUAUUGUCUUUAUAAUAAUAAUAAAAAUAAAAAUGAUAUUAUUAUUGAAAAGGGACUUAUAAAAAAUAUAUGUAGUGAUUAUUUUAAUUAUAUAAAAAAUAAAAAAAAUGUACUUUUUAAUAUGAACCAAGGAAGCUAUAAUUAUAAAAAUAAACCACAUAAGAAGAAUCAAGGGAAUCUCAUAAAUAUUAAUAAUAUAAAUAAUGAGAAAACUCAAUUUUGUCAUGUUAAUAAUUUGGAUAAUUUAUAUAAAAAUAAAAUGAAUGAGAACCUAUUUAUAUUAGGUUCAAGACAAAGUAGAAAUAAACAAAAGGAGGAUAUGUGGAAAAAAAAAAUAAAUACAUAUAAGAGAAGAUAUAAAGGUAAAAGUAUUAAAUAUUUAUACUGUAAACUUAAAAAUAAUCCUGAUACUAUGAACAUAAGAAAACGUAAUAAAAUGAAGAGACCAUAUAUAUAUAAGAUUAAGAAAAGAAUAAAAAAAGUACCUUGUCAUAAUAAUGUUUUAGAGCAUUUAUAUAAAUCAAUAGAACGAAAUAUCGGUCAUUAUAAAAAUAAAUAUUUUACUACUAUGAAUAGAGACUACUUGAUGAAAAGGAAAUUAAAGGAACACCGAGUUAGAAUAAGAAAGAAAUAUAUAGAGGAUAUUGAACCAAAUGUUAAAAAGAAAGAAACACCAUUAUAUGGAAAUGAACAUAUAAAUCAAAAAAGAGAUGUACAUAUAAAUCAAAAAAGAGAUGUACAUAUAAAUCAAAAAAUAUGUGAACAUAUAAAUAAUUCUACUAAUCAUAUAAACGAUCUUGGUUUGAUUCCUCAACAGUUGGAAGAUGCAAGAAGACCCAAUGAUGAUUUUUUUACAGAUAUAGGAGAUGCUCAGAGGUGUGAUAUGUUAUCGAGAGAUAAAGAAGAUAAUAAAAAUAAGGAUGUCAUAAAAAUAAAUACAACUCACUUAAAUAUUGAUGUAAAAAAGAAUUAUAUUAUAAAUAGUAGAACUGAAAUAAUGUCUAGAGUAAAUUGUGAGAAAUAUAGCAAAAGAAGUAAUAGCAAUGAUGUUAUAAAAGAUGUGAAUAUAAAGAAUGGUUUAACUGACAUUAUAUAUGUAGAUGAUAAAGACAGAAUAGGAGAUGAUGUAGAGAAUGUAAAUAAUAUUAAUAAAGAUUUUAAAGAAAAGUAUAAAAUAAUUAUGGAUGUUUUGAAAUUAUUGGAUGUUUCUAAAGAUAAUAAUAAAGAUAAGAAUGUUAAUUAUAAUGAAUAUAGAAAUGAGAAUAUUUCUGGUGACAUAUUUAAAAAAGAUAAUUAUAAUUAUAAUUAUAAUCCGAUAUUAAAUAGAGAAAAUAGGUUUGUCGAAUAUUUAGAAAAUUGUGAUGAUAUUAAAAAUAAUUACGAUAUGAUUACAUUAAUAAAAGAUAAUUCAUCUAAUUUUGUUUAUAAAUGUUAUGAUAAGAAGAUGAAUAGAUAUGUAGCUAUAAAAUGUGUAAAUAAAGAAAAGCAAUUAUCUAUUAUGAGUUAUAAUACAUAUGUUAAUAUAUAUAAAAUAAUACAAAGAAUUAACAAUGAGAAUGUUGUAAAAAUAUAUGAUUUAUUAGAAAAUAAAUUACAUUUCUUUAUUGUUAUGGAAUUAUGUGAAGGUAUUGAUUUAGUUGAUUAUGUGUCUAAAGAAAAUAUUUCUUAUGAGAAAACAAAAAGUAUUAUAUGUCAACUAUUGAAUGGAAUAUAUGCUUUACAUUCUAAUUAUGUUAUUCAUCGUGAUAUCAAGUUAGAUAAUUUAAUGUUUAAGGAUAAAAAUUUAGAAACAUUAGUGAUUGUAGAUUUUGACAUGAGUGUUUAUAUUUAUAACGAUUCUGAAAUGAAUGCAAUGUAUCAUACAUGUAGAACACAAAAUAUUAAUGCAAUGUAUCCGAUGAAUGUAACAGAAAAUAUGAAUGAAAUAAAUGAACUUUAUGAUAUUCGAGAUAAACAUAUGAACAUGUUAAGAAGCAUGACCAAAGAGCAAUUUUAUGAGGAAAAAUUUAUAAAUAUGAACACAGUGCAAUUAAAAGGAUUACAUGAUAAUAUUAGAGAUGAGCAUGAUCAUGAUUAUUAUAUAAUGAAUAAGCAACAACAACAACAACAACAUAAUAAUAAUAAUAUUGUAUGUGAAAAGAUGGGUGGUCAAAAUUAUCAGGCUAUGAUAAACAAAAAAUAUGAAUAUUCUCAAUAUCCAAAAGAUACAAAAGAUACAAAUUUUGAAAGAGAUAAUUUAAUUACAAAUAAUUUAUAUUCAAAUAAGACAAAUAAAAACAGAAUUGAUAAAAAUUAUGAAGAUAAGAAAAAUAUGAUGAAGAUGUUACCAUUUACAGAAAAUUAUAUGAAAGGAAAUAAAAAUAAUAAGAAAACUACCUCAUUGAAUUAUAAGUAUAUAAAUUCAAUAGGAAGGAAUUUAUGUGCAUGGACAGGAAAUACAGAAAAGACUUUUAUUCAUGAUGGAGAGAAAGUUAUAUAUAAUGAUUUAAUAAUUGGAACUAAAGAAUAUAUGUCACCAUAUUGUUUAAAAGGUAUAUAUAGUAUAAGAACAGAUAUAUAUAGUAUAGGGGUAACUAUAUAUUUAAUUCUUUUUAAAAAAUUUCCAUAUUUAUUCGAUGAAAUGAGCAUAAGAAAAUGGGAACAUUUUGUUAUUAGCAAAAAUAAAAAUAUUGUUAUACCCUUCUCCUUCUUAUUUCAUAAUAUUAAUUGUUCUUAUUUUAUUAAAUUAAUAGAUAUACACUUAAUAAAUAAUAAUAUAUACUUUACUAAGAAUAGUUAUUUAUUAGAUAACAAAUUCAAACAAUUAGAAAAAAUAGAAAAUAUUAAAUUUGAUUUUAACCAGUUCAAAAUUAAUGUCAACAAUAUUUAUUUGAUAGAAAUAUUAAAGAAGUCUUUAUCUCUCGAAAUAAAUGAGCAGUACGCUACCGUCUCAGAAAUUAUGGAGAAUAAAUUUUUUGUAUAG